AUGACAUCGUCCAUGGAGGACGCCUUCGAACCUAAGUGGCCUCGGUCCUGGCGGGCAUACACCUGCUGGCUCGGGUGUUUCUUCCUCAUGUUCAACUCAUGGGGCCUGGUCAACGCCUACGGCACCUUCUCCUCCUACUACGUGGGCAACUCGUUGCGAGAGGUGGACCAGCUCGAGCUGAACCUCAUCGGUUCCACACAGUCAUUCCUAGUUCUACUCUUCUCAGCACCGGUUGGCAAGCUUCUCGAUGCUGGGCACUUCCGCUACGUUGUCGCAAUCGGCACGUUUCUGGUUCCCUUUGGACUAUUCAUGCUCUCCGUUGCCCACCCAAAAGACGGUACCCUGGCCAGUUUCGGCUCCAUCUGGGCCACUCAAGGACUCGUUGUAGGCUUGGGCAUGGCUUGCUUCUUCGUGUCUAGCUCUCAAAUCGCCUCGACUUGGUUCCGUAGAAGCAAGUCACUUGCAGUGGGUGUUGUUGCCUGCGGUGCCAGUGUAGCCGGCGUUGUCUACCCGGCAAUGAUCAGGUUUCUCAUCGAGGAGCUGGGUUUCAACAACGCUGUGCGUGGAGUUGCUGGUCUUGCUGGUGUCACUUGCGUGUAUUCGUUCAUUUUUGCCACGCCCAACCCUGCCCAUGUGCAUCCCAAGUCUCAAAGCUACCGCAAGCUCAGUACUUGGAUUGACAAGGAAGCCUUGGCGAACAAAGCCUUCUGCUGGUUCACGGCUGCUGUGGCUUUCCUGUUCCUUGGCUUCUACCCAGUUUUCUUCAAUCUUGAAGAGUGGGCUGCGGUAUCUGGAUUGGGUACUCGUGGUGGUAGCCGCGCACCCAUCUCUGCAACGGCUCCAACAACCGCACCCAUGCAGACCUAUUUCAUGCUCAUGAUCAUGAACGGGGCUUCCACCUUCGGUCGACUCGCCUUUGCCUUCUUUGGAGACUACACCGGUGCCCUCAACAUGCACAUCGUCACCCAGAUUGUGUCCUCGCUCCUCAUUUACAUCUUGUGGACGCUCGCAGGCUCGACAGCCGCCGCGGUAGCUUUCUGUGUCUUCUUUGGCAUGUUCUCUGGAUCCGUUAUCGGCCUUCCACCCGCCUCGAUUGCCAAUAUCCUUAAUUGCACAUAUACCGAUCCUUCUAAAGAACACCUCGCGCAUUCCAAGCUCGGCCAGUGGACUGGGAUGAUGUACAGUGUGGCCGCUAUUCCAGCGCUGAUCGGACCCCUCAUUGCAGGCCACCUGGUCACCGAAUACUCGACCUACAUCACAGUCAAGAUGUGGUCUGCUGUCAGCCUUACCCUCUCUGCGGUAUGCAUGAUCGUGGCAAGAUGGUACCUGCCUACUGUCGAUGGCACGCAUAUCAGCACGCAUCUGUACCGCUUCUUCGGCAAACACGACAAGGCGGAUGAGGCAGAGAAGAGGAGACCUAGGCGCGCAACGGUGGACCCGACGAAUGCUCUCAAUCAGAGCCUGUCGCGAUCGACAACGAGGGUGAACAGCAAGGUUGCAUCGCGACAGAUGUCCGAGGAGAAAAUCGAUCCUCCGCCUGAACUGGUGCUUUUAGCCCCCGAGAGGAAUGUUUGA